AUGCCGCUCACGCACCUCUAUCUACGGCGAAUACCACGCCUAACCCGCCCCUUACGACCUCCCAGCAACCAUGCCGUGCUUACGAAACCCCGCUACUUCACCAAAAACACGCAAUUGCUGCUCCUUUCCCCGUCUGCAAACCGCCCACAGCUACCAUUCCUUCAUUCGCCAACCGUACGACCCUCUCCCGCAUACGCCGGCCGUACUCAGAAUCCCCGUCUCCUCAGCACGGAGCGUCGCAAAACGAUUACAGAUGGGCUGAAAAUUGCUGUCACCGCUUACGUGGUCAUGGUGUUGCUGUACGUCAUGAAGCUGGGCCUGCAGCAGGAAACUAUUGAGCGAGAGUUUCCCACGCCACCAGAUUUUACGAUAUACAGUCGAUGGUUGCUACGGUCUGCAUGGGCUUUGCAGAAACCGGAGCAUAUAGGGAUGUCGCUGACACCCUGGCGCCGGGUGUGCGAGUUCUACGUGGAGCUACUGCAACGCAUGGAGGAUCCUGCACUUGAUGGUAAGGGGCUGAAGGAGCUGGCGGACGAAGGCUUGCUUAUAGAUGGCGUUGGCAAAACUGGGUAUAAUAUUGAAGGGAUGAGUGAGCCCUGGAAAAUGGCGUACUUCCAAGCUCUGAUGGGUGCGGCUGAAGCUGCUGAAAAGUUAGACGGAUGGAUGUACGAUGAAAAUUUGGAUAUUGCAGCACCGGCAGAAUACGUCGUUGGUCCAUCUAAUCCGAAUCCGAGACCGCAGCCUAUGAAGCAGAAGCAGGUUCUCAAAGAGGAGAAUUGUCGCCCUGCAUCUGAAAGCCCCGAGGUGUAUUAUAUGAAAAUUCUUACUACAGAAGGUUUUCAGACAAAUCAGAGACUUGAUGCCGCGCUUGCAUAUGCGGAUUGGCUGGAUUUUAAGGGCUUGAAGGAUACUGCGAACGAUAUGUACCAGUGGGCGAUGGAUAUCGCUACGUCUGGGCUUGCUGUGAACCCGGAGAAGGUCGUCGAUGUGAAAACCGGCGUCCUGGUAGACGAUGGAAAUAAGUUUGUCACGGAUAAUGUCCUACGCGUUACUACAGCUCUCGGUAUUCACAAAGUCUGUCAGGGUGACUUAGCUCCCGCUUUAUCUAUCUUCCUCUCUGUGCUGAGAGCACGCCGAAACCUCCCUGCGCAACCUGGCUCUGAGACUAAAUUUGACACCAAAAAGCCUAAAAAGAGUAACUCCGCAAUCGACGAAUGGCUUCAGACUAUUGCGUCUCUUCUCUCCCCGCCCCCCUAUCCUCUUCCCGUUCUUACUGGUAACGAAACCGCACUUCGAUCGGCUUCUUCGUCAUGUGACGAAGCUGGGCUGAUGCUAUAUAUUGGCGAAAUUAUCUUUGCCUCAUCCUCAUUGGAGACUGGGCUGGCGUGGACCCGUGACGCUGUCGACCUGGCAGAAAUGUCGCUUUUGCAGAUGGACGAGGUUAGUACUAAAGCUACUAGCCAUGCGAUGCAAUAUCACAGUGAUGAAGAAAGGUGCCACAACUGUUUACGAAGUGGCCUAGAGAAUUGGAAGACAAUGGUCAAACAACUUGUAACAAAAGCAGAGCAGGAGGAGCUGGACUUGAUGAGUAAUACGAAGACAUCUUGGUUUAGCAACAGUACAAAAAAGCUAAAGGAGAAAGAGAUGCAGAGGAGGAGAUGGGAGGCAGAGGAACUAAUUCUGCAGGAUCGCUCAAGGAGAGUGCAGAGGUUUAUUGGGGAUCCGCUGUUGGCUGGGUUGGCUCCAAAUACAACCAUGAUGCUAUUUGGAUGA